AUGUAUGAGAACAGAACAGAACGUGGUGGUGACGAAGAUUCCACCGGUGCCCAUCAUCAUCGUCCACCUGCUUCAGGCCAGCAGGUGCCAGCAGGAUCGGCUGCGGCGGCAGCAGCAGCAACGGACGUACCACCAGGUGAUGAACGGCUAGAUGAUCGCCUCCUCGUCGUGGUGACGGGAGGCUCCAAGGGGAUCGGCCGGUCCUGCGUGGAGUCCUUCGCCAGGCGCGGCGCGCGGGUGCUCUUCACCUACUGCUCCGACGCGAAGGCGGCGGAAACGGUCGCGGCGUCCUUCCAGCCCGCGGGCCUCGUGCAAGGCCGUUGGCUCGACCAGGGCGACUUCGACAGCGUCAGGGCGUUCGCCGCCGAGGUAGACCGGUGGCGGGGAGGCAGGGAGAUCAGCACCGUCGUCAACAACGCCGCGCUCGGGAGCUCCACCGUGAGCAACUACUGCGGCCUGCCGCCUCCUGUCCCUUCUUCUUCUCGCCCGGCCGCCGCUGACCGAGACGGAGCAAGCGGGAGAGGAUUAACGGCAGACGACGAUUACGAGGCAGCCCGCAGACGCGCGGACGAGGACAUGGCCUUGAUGCGCGUGAACGCCCUUGGCCCGAUGUGGGUCACGGAAGCGCUGUUGCCGAUGAUGGUGCCGCCGCCCACGCCUGCCCGCGGGGAGAACGAGGAUCCGGUGGCGGGGGCAGAGGUCACUGAGACAGCAGCAGCAAUCGAUGGAGCAGCAACAGCAAACGGAGGUGGACGAGAAGGAGCCUCGGCGUUCCCAUGCGCUCUCGGGAGCACGAAAAAGAAGAAGACGGUCUUGUUCGUGGGCUCGGUCGGUGGCGGGUCCCACGCCGUCUUCCCGGGGUUCCGCUCCGCGGACGCCAUGAGCAAGGCCGCCGUCGCCUACGGCGCCAAGUACUUCGCGGCGCGCAGCCGCCAGCUGCGGCAGCAGCAGGAGGCCGGGCACGACGCUACCGCGCGCGCCGACGAUGGCUCCUCUGCUACUGCUGCUGCGGGCGAUGUUCGAGCGCCGGCGCCGGCGGCGACGGCCGAGUCAGACUUCGACCACCCGAGCGGGGGCGUCGACUUCCUGUGCCUGUGCCCGGGGGCGACCCUGACGGACAUGUUUCGCGCGAGCACGCUGGACAAGAUGGAGGCCAGUGGCCCCGGAGAGCUCGAGCGCUUCCUGCGGGCGCUGCCGCAAGGGCGGCUCAUGCUGCCGGAAGAGGUCGGGGAAGCGGUGUACUGGUUCUGCUCCUCCCCCGCGGCGACCAUGUUCCACGGCGCCGUCAUCGACGCGUCCGCCGGGCUCGCGGUCCGACCGGGGACUCUCACGGAGUAUACAUUUUCAUCUUGAAAUGGCUGGUUUCAAGGCUGUACGUGGAAGCAGCCAUGCUUCCGGGCAACGAUUGGGUGUUGGACUAGUGUGUGAUCGUAGAUAUCCUGUUUUUUCGUAAUUGGCAGUGAUGUAGGCAUAGUUUUGGCGUACAGUACGGCGGUUUCGAUAUGGUAUAUACCUAUCCUUUCCGCCAGUGUUUCCUUUUGCACAUGAUGUGACUAGUUCGCGAGAGGGAGGGCGGAAACCUGCCACGUUCCAUGUUUUUCCGGGUACCGAUGUCCUUGUUCCGUGAACGGCUAUUGACCCCCCCCAUUACAAUCUUGAGAGCAGAUCCAUAGGAGGCGUGUCAAUACAAGGUUGCGCGCCUCCUGUUGCCCUUCCCAUUGCUGCAAACAGCGGAACACUACAGUAUCGCGUAAGGGAAGCCAACCCUUGACGGGUUGGAGCCUUUCCAAUUCUGGAUUGGCACCAGGAUGCGAGAGUCGCAACCCCCUGUAAAGCGAAACGUACGAUUCUUCGAGAACGCGCCCUGGGACGAUUGGAUGAUUUUUGGUAGGUCUAGAUAGGGAUGGGGGAGUCGAUCUCACCAAGAAAGUGAUAACAACCCAUGGAGCGGAGCAUUUUUUUACGGGCCAACGUAGGUUGCCACCGUGGGGUUGCAUCUUCGUUGCCAAGGGGGCUGCGAGACUUGAAUUGCAGCCUUGUUUCGUUGUACUGUAAGGGUCCAUGCAUCUUUCGUUCUUGUGCUGUUUUCUGUGGUGUUUUUUCUUUUUUUGCUGCAGUCUCUCUUUUUCUGGCCAUGCGUUUAUCCGAGACUCCAUGCGACAUUUGUUGCGCCAACAGGUCACGGCAAGAGUAUCAGUAUUGCUUGGUGGUGCAUCCUGCGGCACCAUACGGCACGUUGGCAUUGAGCGCUGGCAGACAUACUGUAGUUCGUAUCUUUGCCGGCAGGAGUACCCAGGUGCUCCAUUUCAGUUUCUGGUUUUGGUUUGGAAAUAAAUCCGGGGUAUUCCUAGAUAGAGAUGGGGGGUUGAUCUCUCCGCAAAAACAUCCCAUGGCGCGGAGUAUUUUUGACGGGCCAACCUAGGUGGGGUUGCAUCUACGUUGACAAGGGGGCUGCGAGGCUUGAAAUGCAGCCAGCCUUGUUUCGUUGUACUGUAAGGGUCCACGUAUCUUUUGUUCUUGUGCUGUUUUCGGUGGUGUUUUUUUUUUUGCUGCAGUCUCUCUUUUUCGAGCCAUGCGUUUAUCCGAGACUCCGUGAGGCAAUUGUUGCGUCAACAGGUCACGGAAAGACUAUCAGUAUCGCUUCGUGGUGGACCUUGCCGCACCAUACGGCACGUUGGCGUUGCGCACUGGCAGGCAUGGUUCGUGUCUUUGCCAGCAGGGGUACCCAGGUGGUGCUCAAUGUUCCAGUUUCUGGAACAGAUUUUGAGGAGAAAAAAUGACGAAAACAACAUUAUGUGCUUACCAG